UCCAUUCCUAAAUGUCGUCGAGAAAUACGGCCGUCAUAAGGAUCGUAACAGACGCGACGUUGAUCUCCUCGUUCUCACCGUUGCGCAAAAACGCAGCAUCUUUUUCUUCGCUCGUCUCUUCCCGUCGUCAAUUCGAGGCGAUUUGAGUGCUCUCCGACCGUUGUGAAUGAUUUCGCCGUUGCCGGUCUCUCUUUCUCGCCGUCGAUUAGGAGUUUGCCCUCAUGGACGUCGGAAGCCCUAAAAGGGGAAAGAUUCACAAAGGGAAGAGUGUUGCAGAUGAAGGGACGGCAAUGAGCGAGCAAGCGAUCAAUGACAGACAAUGGGAGAACUUGCCUACUAACUGCUUGGUGGAUAUCUUCCAAAAGUUGAGCCUCCAUGACUUGACACUGGGUGUUCCUUUUGUGUGCAAGUCUUGGUACGAAGCUUCACUGGAUCCUAGUUGUUGGAAGAUCCUCGAUUUCAGAACAAUUGAUCCACGGCCAGGGAGCGAAUUUACUGAGAAAUUCAAGCAUGAAUAUCGAUUAGAUAAAUAUCAAUUCAGGGGUUUUCUAAACUUCCUCAUUCGCCGCAGCUGCAAAUUAGCCAUUUUGCUUAUACACCCUCCUAGUCAACGCAUCCCAAUUAACGACUUGGUCUAUAUUCUCAAAGAAUGCCCAAAGUUGGAUAUUUACAAUCCGCCACUAUCGGUGAAGAAUCCAGGUCUCAUGCGGAAAUUUAUUUUGACAGUGCACGAGACCAUAUUAAGAAGAGCUAGUUAUGAAUUCAUGUAGAAACCUUUUAUCUGUUAUUGGGUCUGUUUUCUUCACACUGUUAGUUUAUUUAAUAAAGUAUCUACCUUGAAUAUUUUGUAGUUUCAGUACUGGUUCUUAGCAUUUUAUGAAGCAUCAUCUAAGUUAUUGUCAUCUUUAUGCGUAUAAUUUGAUAGAUUUAUUUUGUUGCAAUUAUAUUUUAUCAUUAGAUAAAUUCCCUUUUCAUCGAUGAUUUACACUACGCAUUCAUAGGUCUGUUGCAUAUAUAGUUUCUGCACAUUAUUCUUGUUAUCAGUAUGCUACAUUAGUUUGUAGAUUAAGUUAGGAUAUUAUUAUUUUUAAGACAGAGAAAUCGAUCAGCUUUUACUAAUGUUUUUAAUUGAGAGGUAUGGAAAAGUAUUUACUAUAGUAUUUAAUAAAGGUGGCAGCGCAAAGUAAAUCAGAUUUAGUAGGUGAAUGUUAAAAAUAUUAUACCAGGAAUAUGUUUACCAAAAUCAAAUUCUAUCACAAAUUGAUUGGGUUUGGUUUGCUAAGGGCAAUACCAUCCACAUGAUCAUGUAUUCAAGAUUUAAUAGUAGGUUUUUGUGGGUAGACAAAGUAAAAUAAGAACUAAAUCUCCAUGGAUCACUAGAGAACAGGGCACAAGGGAUGAGCAGUAGGUACCAAAAGCAAGGUGACUUGGUGCUACCACUUAUUAAACAUGAUGUAUGUGGCCCAUUGAUCUUUAUACUACCCUUACUAGAACAGUGACCUUUGUUUGGUUCUACAUAUAUAUAUGUAUAUAUGAUCAGAAGGGGGUGCUAAUAUUUCCUGGAUGUCUAAAACAAGUUAGAAGCGACUCAUAUCUUAUAAAGGGAAGCUUCGUGUUUUCUCCUCUUAUCUCCUUACAUCCAGAGUGCUGCUAAGAUGGAGGAUGGAUCUCUCUAUUGAUCAUCACAACCCUCUUUGUGAUUUUUCUUUGUUUCAUCUUUCAUAUUGUCAAGCGUCUAUUAGUCAAAAGUGACUGGUGAAGCUCAAAAUGAUCCUAAGAGACACCUGAAGGUCAUUAUACUAUGCUGGGAGCUUGUGACAGAUGAUGAGUUUGGAGGACCAUUCAGCUCAACACAACUAUUUGCAAUGGUUGGUUAUGGUGUUCAAAAUAUCAUGCACAUCUAUAUGUAUGUGCUGGUGUUGCUUCCUCUACACUUGGGGCUCAAGUCACCAAAGCAUGGAAGAGCCACCAAAUCAGUGACAUCAUUUCUCUAUGCUCUUCUAGCCCUGAUUGCAGGUUGCGUUGGAACUCUACUAAUAAAAACUUUGAAGCCCAGCUGCAUGUUUUCCAGAGACUGGAUCCAGGCAUCCUCUUUGAUCACACUUCAAGUUGCUGUAACCUCGUAAAGGUUGACACUCUCAUAAUCAAGGUGAAUGAUGCAACCAUAUCCUUUAUUAUCUCAAGCUGCAUUCUUAUGCCGAUCAUAUAUUCUUGGGAGGAUACUUGGGUAGAUAUGCAGAGCUCAUUCUUCUGCCGAUUCUUGCAAACAUAACUACUGAUAUCAUCAGUGGAUCAUCAUUUCUCAUUGUUGGAGCUGGAUAUGUUUUGUCCCUAAUCUGUGAUGUUGAGGUGAUGAUAGACAUCUUAGAAAGCAGCUGGCAUCAGAACUCACUUCUGGAGUCCGUCCCUGUACUUCUUGUCCAUACAAUUACCAUAGUAUCAGUGUGCAGUGGUGGGCUUGUUCUGAUGCAUAUGCAGCUCAACACAGAGGAAGUACGCUGCCGCCGAUGGUGGAAAGCUUUCCUUUCGUUUGGCUUUGGAGCUCCAUUUGGGCUCUUACUCUUCUUCAUCAGCAUCAGGCGGCAAUUGCUUGUCAUUGGAAAUUGGGAUGGUCAUGCUCUACUCGCAGCAAACUUGAUCAGCUCACUUGUCACAGGUUUAUGGGGCGUGCUGACUUUGGGCACACUCGGCCUUGUUCUGAUAUUUAUGAUCUAUUACGUUUCCUCGAGAACCCAUGAUGCAUGCUCUUCAAGAACACAACAGAGAAACUAGCACUAAUAUCACUGUUCUUAGAGUAUCUCUUAUGAGAAUAAAAAUACUGGUAAGAGAAAGGAAUAAUUUUUGUGUGUGCUAGUGUUCCAUCUGUUUCUUUAAGACCAUCUUGUGGUUGAUUAUGCCACAUGGAACCAGUGAGGGUUAUGAUGUUUGAUCAAACUUUUCUGCCUUUGUUGCUUAGUACAGUAAUCCAUAAAAAAAAAAUAUCGGUUUAUUUUUUAGUG